AUGUCAUCUAUCGGCAGUAAGCUCUCGCUGAGUCUCAGUUAUGUGGUGAUAACGCUUGGCAGUCUCGCACUGCGCCAGCUGUUCACACUACAACUCCCCCCAGAACUCCAAGAGGGUGGCCAUGCCCAGUUCCUCACCAACAUUGCUCUUUACGUGACCAUCUUCUAUUUCUCGCUCAAUGCUGUGUACCAGCUUUUCGAGAUCAGAAAGUUGGCCUACACACGCCAGUUUGUCAAUGCCAUGGCGAUCUCGCUGGAGUUCAUCGUCACAUACGUUUACUGGGGCCUUAGACUUAUCAACAGAGACCUGAUCAUGAAAGGACCUGGGAUCCCGCUCUCGAUCGAUCUCACCAUCCAUGCCCUGCCCUUUGCGUCUCUCGUGAUCGACUAUUUCUGUUUCAUGGACCCGUGGACAAUAUCUAAAAAAGAGGCGCUCCUUACCACGUCGCUCAUGGCAGCCGCCUACUGGUGGCAUCUCAAACGGCUCAUUUCUGCCGAGGGCCACUAUCCAUACCCAUUUCUAGACGUGGAUGACUGGCUGCGUGCCGUCAUCUUUGCUGUAGUGUCUUUCCUCGCGUUCGCUGCGUUCUGUCUGUUUAAGCAGCUUAGACAGCCUAAUGCCAAUGCUCCGAAAGUGCUCAAGGCCAAUUGA